AUGGAGUCGUCUUCCCGCAAGCGAACCUCCACAGGGUUCGACGAACCCUCCCACACCCGCCGGCGCACCCGCGAACCCUCCCCCGACGCCAUGCUGCUAGACGACGACAACGACUUCGAGGACUACGACCCGGACCAACCGAUGCAAGAGCGCCGCGCGAUCCAGGCUAGCCUGCGCCAAAUGCAACGACAGUUGCGCGAGAACCCCGACGAGUACAUGCAAGCCGACCCAAAGUCUCUCCUCCAAUUCUUCGACGAGUCCGACAGGAUUAUGAAGAACGUUAAGCAGACGAGCGAGGCGGCGAUUGAUUCGCGGGGUUUGGUGCUGGCUGCAGAUUUGUCGGCGAGGAGGAUUCAGAAGUUAACGUUAGGAUUGUCGAGUGGGGGGGUUGAUGUGGAUGAGUUUGUGUCUAAGGUUAUUACGUUUAUGACGGAGGGAGGAGGAAUCGAAGAUGAUGAUGCGCCGGAGUUGUCGAGUACUCAGCGCAGGAGGAGGAGGAUGCCUGCCAAUCGGGGUAGUGGUGACGAGGAAGAUGUGGAGUUUAACGAGAAUGAUGGCGAUAUGCUGAACUGGGCGCACCUCGGCCGAUACGCUGUCAUGCCCUCCAUCCGGCGGCCAGCCCUCCCCGGCUUUCUGCUCGGCCCCCUGUCGGUUGAGAAGAAGGCGCGCAAGCAAGGCAAGCGUGGGCAGGUACUACGCGUUGAUAGACUCGAGGAGACACGCCCGCAGGAGCUGAAGGCAGAGGACCUCAAGAAGUCAGACAAGAACGACUUGCCGAGUAUUUGCAAAAAGAUUUAUGUGCAGCUGCAGGCGUCGCAGCGGACAGCGCAGGACAAGGCGCAGGAGGAGAUCAACAACCUGCCGGAGGACGCGACGUCGGACGAUGAGCGGGCGGCGAUGGAUCGAUAUGCGCUACGGUCGACGGGCGGCAUUGACUUGUUGCGGGAGGGCAACGUUAAGCUUGAGUUUGAUGAGAAUGGGCUGCCGUCGAUAUCAAAAGAGUCAUCGUCCGGCUCGACACGCGCCAAAACGUCUACUAGACGGCAGGCCAUCAUGUCGAUCGAUAUGGACACCUGGCGGGAUAUCAUCGAGACCUUCAACAUCCGUGAGCCUAUGAUUCCUCAUCGAGAGGAAGAGUCGACCCAAGGGCCGGGAGCGCGCAGCUGGUACAGUUAG